CGAAAGUUCUGAAUCAUGUCCAUCUCGCGAUUCUCUCUCAUCUCUUCUAUUAUAUUUCUAAAAUAAUUAUAAAAUCCGUUCUCUCUCUCUCUCAGAUAUAUAUAAAAACGAAUCAGAUUAUUCGCAUUUCAGCGUCUCCGAUCCCAAAAAUUCGUUUCUCUUUCGGAAGCGAAUCGUGAUCGCGAUCGCUUUUCUUCUUCCAGGAAAAUCAUUUUUCUGUGCGUUUCCUCUCGGAUCGGAUCUGGAUCUUUCGUUCUCCAGUUAACUGGAUCUCCGGGAGCUCAGUAACCAUUGAAAUCGGCUCAGCCUUCACGGAAUUCGAUCUCUACGGGGCGAUUCUCGCAGUUUCUGAAGGCAGAAGAACCUGAGUAAAGAAAAUGGAGGGGACUGUGUUCACCCCCUGUCUGGAAGGAAUGACAUCUGUAAAAUCCAACGAAGGGGAAAUGCUGACCAAACCUUUCUUGGAUGUCUGCAAGCUUGUGUUGCCUGUUAUAGAUAAGUUUGGCGCAGCCAUGGCACUCGUAAAAUCUGACGUGGGGGGAAAUAUUUCAAGGUUGGAGUCCAAAUAUUCUUCAAGUCCUUCAGAAUUCAAUUUAUUGUACAGCAUGGUAAAGGCAGAGAUUGAAGCUAAAACAGCAAAAGCUUCUUCAAGUUGUACCAAUGGGCUUCUAUGGCUAACAAGGGCAAUGGACUUCUUGGUAGAACUGUUCCGCAACUUACUCGAGCAUCCUGAUUGGACCAUGUCGCAAGUCUGCACAGAUUCCUACGGGAAGACCUUGAAGAAAUGGCAUGGCUGGCUUGCUAGUUCUAGCUUCACUGUUGCCAUGAAACUUGCACCGGAUAGGAAGAAGUUUAUGGAGGUGAUAGGGGGAACUGGUGAUCUCAAAGCAGACAUGGAGAAAUUCUGUACAACCUUCUCUCCUCUUCUUGAAGAGAACCACAAGUUCUUGGCGAGUGUUGGCAUGGACAAUCUGAAAGCUUCCUGAGGCCUAGCGAGAUGAUCCAUGGCCUUCAAAUGGUGGUCAGACCAAUGGUAAAUGGCCGGCAUUCAACUCUGGAAAGAGCAACUGAUGGGUAGGAUAUUCCAAUCAGUGGGCUACCUGCAGUGCGACAAGAGUAGAUGGACAUUCCAAACUUGUGGUAUGAAGAUAUCAUAGCUCAUUGCUAGAAAAUCAGCUAAAUGGCAAUGGCUCUCUUAAAAAAGACUCGUGGCAUCGUCCUUCAAUUUCUUUUGAAUUUCUGGAGGGACUGAUUUGGGAGUUGUGCAUGAUAAACAGGUGAGGACUGCUAAUCACAUGUGACCCAAUGCCUCAGUGGUGGACUCGCAUGAGUUUCAACAUGAGGUCAUGGGUUCAAGCA